AUGGAACCCGUGAUCCAGGCCCUGCUCGCCGCCUGCGGGAGCUUCUUCUUGGUAUCCCUCCUCUUCGGGGUGGCCAUCCUCUGCCUCCACGCCUUCAGGAACCGAAGUUCCCGCGUGCUCAACCUUCCUUCCCGCGGCGGCGAGCGCCCCAGGGCGGGAGCCUCCAUCAACGAGAGCGUCACCUUCGACCCCUCCCUCGACCGGAUCUCCAUGGCGAGGCUCGCGGCGGCGACGGGGAAUUUCGCCGCCGACCGCAUCGUCGGCGACGGCAGCUUUGGGUUCGUGUACAGGGCGGAGAUGCCCGACGGGAGGACUGUCGCCGUGAAGAAGCUCUCCCCAGACGCCUUCCACGGCUUCCGCGAGUUCCGCGCGGAGGUGGAGACCCUGGGGAGGAUCCGGCACCAGAACCUCGCUCGGAUUUUGGGCUACUGCGUCUCCGGCAGCGACCGCCUCCUCAUCUACGAGUUCCUCGAGCAGGGCAGCUUAGACCAGUGGCUCCACGAGACCUCCUCUUCGCGGCCGCCGUUGCCGUGGGCGGCGCGCCUGGGGGUGAUUCGCGGCGUCGCCGCAGGGCUCGCCUUCCUGCACGCCGACUGCAAGCCCCCCAUCAUCCACCGCGAUAUCAAGGCCAGCAACGUGCUGCUGGACGGCGGCUUCGAGGCGAGGAUCACCGAUUUUGGGCUCGCACGGCGGGUGGACUCCUCACGAUCCCACGUCUCCACGCAGGUCGCCGGCACGAUGGGGUACAUGCCGCCGGAGUAUCGAGAUGGGCUCACCGCCGCGACGGUGAAAGCGGACGUCUACAGCUUCGGGAUCCUCAUGUUCGAGGUCGCCAGCGGGCGCCGCCCCAACUGGCCGGUGCUUGUGAAGGGAAAGGAGGUGGCGCUCGUGCGCUGGGCGCGGGGCCUCGUGGAGGGGGGAUCUGGGCUGGAGCUGCUCGACCCGGCUCUGAUGGGCGGCGAAGGGGCGGCGCCGCCAGCGGCAGAGGAGGAGCAGGUAAAAGGAUUCCUCACGGUUGCGCACCGCUGCACCUCCAACGCCUCCAGGGCCCGGCCCUCCAUGGGGGAGGUCCUCAACCUCCUUGACCAGCUCUGA